CGCACAAAUUUUAAAUCGCGGCUAUAAAACGCAGCCCUAUCGGUGACGCCAUUAACGAACGUCAGUAGCCGUCCGAUAUUGCUCCUCUGAACGCCGAAAUCCAUCUAUUCUGCCACAAGCACAUCCGAAUAGUGAAGCUUCAACUGUGUUCUUCAGCCGAUAUCUUCCUUCAUCCGUACAGGAACUGAGAGAUGGCUGAAAGCAGCAAAGAUCUUUUGGAGUUGGAGACUCGUAAUUCUUCUACUUCAACUGUAGAAUCUCUUCUUCUAGUGUGCAAAAAAGAUGGAUCUAGCAAAGGCCAAAUCUCAGAAUCAAAAUGCCAUGGUGGCGAGUCUAAAACUUCUUCUGUUCCCACAAGUCAAGUUCUGGGAAAGGUGAAAGAUUUCCUGGGUAUCAUGUCAGAGUCAAACAAAAUGCUAGAGAAAAGCGCAAAGGACAAUGCUAAGGACUUCAAUAUUGAAAUGCUCAAUGGCAACGAAACCGAGUACAUUGAAAUGGAUUUGAUGUUGGGUGUUGCGGAUCUGCAUACUCCAGAGGCUAUUGCUGCAGCCGAGGCUGCCAUUGCUAGUGGUCAACAGGUGAUUUCGUUAGAAGAUUCUGAUGAUGAUAGCAGCGGUUCUGAGAGUGAUGAAGAAAACGAUGAUAUUGUUGUUGAUGGAAAAGAGGAGGAUAAGUCCUCGAGUAAGAAGAGGAAGAAGCCGUCUGAUAACAAGAAACAGAAGAAGAUUGUUGAGCUCUCAUGAACACGAUUCAUCAACUAAAGAUUGAAGUAAGAAGAGUUUUCUUUUUAUUUAAGUUAGAUGUCAUGGUUAAUUGAACCUAUGUACUCAAUACUCAUAGCAUUUCAUGCGUUCUUUGUGUUUUAUGAAGUUGUUAUAGAUUGGAGUUGUUUUU